AUGAUUGAAUUACUUUAUAUUAUCUCAAUUGUCAUUGCAGAAGAAUGUAUUUUUGAACCACUAAAAGAUAAUACUGAUUUUAGUAAACCUGAAAAUUGGGGAGGGAAUUCUUCAAUUUGUCCAUGUGAAGGAGUUAAUUGUAAUAUAGACUUCAGUGAAUUGACAGAAGUAAUGUAUAUUAAAAACAUUAAAGGUACUUAUAAAACAUUAAUACUUCCUAAUAGUCCAAUUAUAUUCGAAAUUAUAGGAUUAUUUGAUGUUACAGAUGAAUUUGUUGUUCAAGACAAAGUAACAAUUUAUAGUAAUUCAAAAUAUUUUGAAGACCUUAGUGAUGUGAUGUUUAAAUCCAUUUCAAUUGGAGAUAGUGUUACUUCUGAAUUAAUUGUAAAUUCACCAUUCAAAAUAGAAACCAUAAGUUGUGAAGGAACAAUAAGACUAAACAAGAAUGGGUUUAUUUCUAAUAUAUUAUUACAUGGAAUAUUAAUAAUAGACAAAAAUGUUCAUGUUACAGUCAAUAAAUUUAUUGGAACAGGAAGAAUUAUUGUUUUAAAUGGAAUGAUGUUAAUUUCAGGUAGAGAAUCAUCUAUUGUUAAUACAGAAAUCCAAUUUGGAGAAAUAAACCAAGAAAUUAUCAAAUUAAUUGUUAAUAAUGAUAUUCAAUUUGAAAAAACAUGUUUUAAUAUUUCACAAUAUAAUGAAAUGUAUUGUGGUGAAAAUCCUUUAACAUUAGUUCAAUCAAUAUUUGGUAUAAUUCAAUCAACAAAACCAAGUUUUAUUUAUCAUAAUAAUAGUUAUUGUGAGUCUGAUCUUUCUACUUCUUCAGAAAUUAAAUUACAAGUGAAUAGUUUGUUGUUGUUAUUUUUUUAA